GGUGGGGACUUGAGUGAAUAGCGUUUUGAAAAAUAGGCGGCGUGGUCCUGUUUGAAAUGGAUUCGGUGGCGGUAACAGUGCCGCUUCGUCAACCGACGAAGAAGAUGAAGAAGCGAAAAGAGCUCGACGCUCUGGCACCGGCGCACGCCAUUUCCCGCCGGAGUUCUGGCAAACGUAGCUCACAGGAAUUGUUAACAGACAGCAGUGACGAUCGUUCGGAAUACUGGAAUAUCUCAACCAGAAGCGGACGUAAAUGUCGAGGUAGAAGGGGUCGCGCCUGUCCUGGAUUCCUGAAAGCUUGUAGCGCCUUUUUGGCAUGUGCCUCUGUAUUAGCAACCGCCAGUUUAAUAUGGCUGUUCAUUGACGUUCGUCAGCAGCUUACCGCUCUGCGAACCGAAUUAGACCAAGUUAUAGCGGGUAGUGAAAGUGUUCCGGACGCUCUGCAGAAAUGUCAUUCGUUAUCGAGAGACCUUCAGAAUAACCAGACUAUUAUUUUCACCAGAUUAUCGGAUCUCAAGCAGCAGAUAAACAAUUUAACGAUACAGCUGGCGCAUGUUCAGCAAAGUUUGCACAAGGUACAGCAGUGUUUUCAGGCUGCGCCCGAGUUAGCUAACAUACCUGCGCUCUCUAGUAGCGUUGCAACAUUCGGUAGUCAAAUAAGAGAUCUGAAGGCUACAGUAAAUUCCCUGAAAGAAACGAAUCUGAGAAUGCAGGAUGCACAGACUACUAUACAGCAAAAUAUCAGCAGUAUUAAGAACACUGUAUUAGAAUUGUCAAACAUUACUCAGAAACCUCAAAUAGUAAACAAUGAUGAAACACAAAUUAAGACUGACAAACUGAAUUCCACGAUAUUGCACUUAAUGAACAAUGUAACGCAUAUUAAUGAAACCUUGACGAGCAAAUUGCAAUGGGUUGUCGAUGAUCAAAACAAAGAUCGCAAAAAAUUAGUCUCACUUCAAGAAGCGAUGGCGGCCAUUAAUACAACAGUGAUGUCCUUGCAAGGAGAAUGCGUUAAAAUAUCUGAACAGGCUUCUAUUCUAGCGUCGGUUCAAAAAUUAACCGAAGAGGUGGACGGGAUACGCGCAACGGAUGUAGAAGUAAUUGGCAAACUUAAGCAAUUAGAACAAACAUAUAACGGAUUAAAAAAUUCUACUAGCAUAAUGUUUGCGACUAUGAAUGACAUUCAUAAUCAGCAACAGAUUAGCAAAAUGAAAAUAUCAGAUUCGUUAAGUGGAGACAUAACCACAGAACCAGAUCGCGGUGCAACAGAUGUAAAUGACAUUGCUCAGAAAAGGGUUCCAAGCGACGAGACCUCGAGGCGUUUUAGCGUAGAUCUUGGUUAACGUGAGUUUGAAAAUGAAUGAACGAGUGCUGAAGAAAGAAAACUUAUGUGAAUGAAAGCCAUUUUGUACGUUACCUAACGAAGCUGUGUAUUUGUAAAUAAUGAUGAACUAUAACUUAAUAACAAUAAAAUAAUAAGUACGUUAUAAUUCUAUGUGCAUAGAGAAAGAGACUAUUUAUGAUCCGAAUCGUAUGUAUUCUCAUAAUAAAAUAUUCAUUAGAGUUCACAAUUAAGGUUCCUGGCUCCUCGCUGUGAAAUUUUUAUUUGAUGAUGCUAGUAACGAAGAAACCCAUGCUCAAAAUUCUUGCAUUUCUAAAAAAAUACAUGUAUGAAAGGAUAUUUCAGGUCGUUAGAGCAUAUUUAUAAAAUACUCUGGAUUUAUAAAAUACUCUGGAUAUUAUGCUGUAUUUUUCCUUUGAAAGUCAAUAAACAGUCGUGAAAUGAUUAAUACAAGGUUGAUCAUACAAAAUGAUUGCGUAUAACUAGGCCUUGUAUUAGAGUCAUAUUAUAGAAGUUAAUUGACUAUCAAGGGAGAAAUAUAGUAUUCGGAGCACUUUAUGAGUAUGCUCUAACGAUCUGAAAUAUUCGUUCAUAUAAAUAUCUUUUUAUUUGGAAAUGGCAAAAAUUUGAAGCAUGGGUCGUCAUUAUCCAAUAUAGCUACAGCGAGCACCCAGAAGCCUUAAUAUCUACGUUAGUGUGGAAUCAUGAAUGUCAUGGCCUGAAAGAUGCUAUUUACGCCGAGCAAUAAUUUAUAAUGUGUAUGAAUAUUCGUUCAUAUAGGAUAUAUAAGUAUCGGACAUUUAUCCGAUAGAUUCAAGAGAUAAUUAGACUUUUAAAUUCCAAACGACAUUGGGUAGGGCAUAGCAAGAAAAGUAUUUACUAUGGAAAGAAAAUACUAUGGAAAGUACAAACUUUGCAGCACCUCUACCGUCUACAAGCAUUUUUUUAAUUAUAAUGUAGUAUCUAUAGAAAUAUUUAUAUUCCAAGUAAUAGCAGUACGUAACUACCAAAAUUUUUUACUCUUCUACAUCUUACAGGAUAUAAUAAUACACAUUAUGGUAUGUCCUUCUGAACUUUCUGGCUUGAAAAUGUAGAGUUUUAAUUUGCAGAGAAAGUCAUACAUAUAAAUGAUAUAAAAAUUUUAAUACAUACAAAGAAAUAUAAUAAUAUUAAUUAACAAUACACAUGCCAAACAAUGUGAUAAAGCAGCGAGGACCUAAGUGCUGACUAAGUAAUAUAGUAAUUUUACCUUUUACACUGGAGAAAAAAGAUGAUAUAUAAUU